AUGCCUUCAGCAGCGCCCCCGGAGAAUGGCGGCGCGCCACGCAGCGAGCUGGAGCAACUGCAGAUGCGCGCCGGCCAAGUCACCGAUGAGUCAUUGGAGUCCACGCGUCGCAUGAUGCAACUAUGCGAGGAGAGCAAGGAGGCCGGCAUUCGAACUCUGGUCGCUCUAGACGACCAGGGAGAACAAUUGGAUAGGAUCGAGGAGGGGAUGGACCAGAUCAACGCGGACAUGCGGGAGGCCGAGAAGAAUCUCUCGGGAAUGGAGAAAUGCUGCGGCAUCUGCGUCCUGCCCUGCAAUAAGGGUGCCUCCUUCAAAGAAGACGACGGAACCUGGAAGGGUAAUGACGACGGCAAGGUGGUGAACAACCAGCCGCAGCGCGUCAUGGACGAGAGGAACGGCAUAGGCCCACAGGCGGGCUACAUCGGCAGGAUAACGAACGACGCCCGCGAAGACGAGAUGGAGGAGAACAUGGGCCAGGUGAACACGAUGAUCGGGAACCUGCGCAACAUGGCGCUCGACAUGGGCUCCGAGCUGGAGAACCAGAACCGCCAGAUCGACCGCAUCAACCGCAAGGGCGAAUCCAAUGAAACGAGGAUAACAUUGGCCAACCAGCGUGCUCAUGAGCUGCUCAAG